AUGACGAAGCGGCGCCAGUGGAAAUGGAAGGGUGCUUGUCCCAUCUUUAGACGUCCUAACAAGCUGCUGCCACGUCGCGGCGCUGGAGAGGGUGCGGACACGGCAGACGACGCCAAGACACAGACUCAGGGCAGACGCCGCGGCAGGGGCAGGGGCAGGGGCGCGGGCACGACGAAGCGGCCCGCGUCUCCACACACGCUCGCCCCGACUCAGUCCACGUCGUCCAGAGCAGAGUGUGAGAGCCAGAGAGGUGUUGGAGCAGGGAGCGAGCAAGGUUGUGAAGCACCAACCAAAGGCAGACAGCCAAGCGUCUUCUGCCAACAGUACAGCAGGAGCGCGCCCAAGGUGGCAGUGCCAGCGGUGCCAAAGACCUCCAGAAGGAGGAAGGCAGAGAAGGCCUCCGCUGUGCCCCCCGUACAGAGUCAGGAGGAGGGUGUGAGGGCCUCACUGAGGGGACGGGGGCGUUUAGAGAGGGCCCGUGCAGGCCCGUCUAUAGUGGGGUUUGAGAUCAUCACCCCUCCUCAACCGAGCAGACCUGCCUCUCUUGUGCAGACUGCAGAGGGAGAAGGGGACGAGCCGGAAGAGGAGGAGAGGUGCAGCACCCAGUCAGCACAGACAGGAAUCAGAGUUCAGAGGUCACGCCGGAAUCGCAGGGGAGCCCAGACGGGAAGAGGCCGCCAUCAGCCCGAGAGAGAGGCCCCGUGCAUGAGUGGCCUCCACUGCUCUGUUUGCGAUCAGGAGCUGCUCCCGCUUGCCAAAGGCGUGCUGUGUAGUGCCGCGUGCGGGCAGGAGCCCGUGGUCAGCCUGUGGAGGAGCGCCGGGUGGGCCGGCCGAUCCCCAGCCCUCUGCCCGUGCCCCUGCCCCUGCCCAGCAGCCGUCCAGCUCAGCGGGGCUCAGGACCUGGAGAGCCCCCUGCUGCUGCAGGUGGAGAACAUCGCCGCCCUGCAGGGCCUGCAGAGAACACUACUGCCCUACACAGACAGAGGCGUGCGUGCGGGCCCGUGUGUGUAUAACGCGCGGUGGGAUCCGGCCCAGGGCUCGGUGACGCUACUGCUGCAGUGCCAGGGCUGCGCCUCCCUCCCGCCCUCCGGCCCUCUCUCCGCCUCCGCCGCCCUCGUCCAGCAUCCCAGGGAGCCUGGCCGAGACCAGAUGUGGCUGGUCCCGGCUGCCAUCAGGUUCUGCUCCAGGAUGCUGAGUUCAAGGGAGGCCGUCGUUUGAGACGAGGAGUGCAGGCUCGGACUAAGCAAUCUCAUCACUCUCAACACCCUCAGCCCAGACUGGCCUAACGAGUAACACUACGCACUGUUCUAUCUUUAUGUUUCAAAUCAGAGCUUUGGAAUUCUUGGUCAUGUAUAUGUGGUUGUGUGUGUAUGUGUGUGUGUAUGUAUGCACAACUUGUGUGUAAAUAUGUUUAUUUUUAGCAUAUGCGAACCCCUCCACAUAUGAAAGUAAUCGGGUAGAGAUUUGUUUUAUAGUCGGAUCUAGUCUGACUCCACUUACACGAGCACACUGAGCACCUAAUGUCCAUCUGUACGCUGCUAAGGUAAAUCAGUUAAGACAAAACUAUUCUAAA